UCGCUCUCGCUUCGCCUCGCUUUUUCUCGUUCGCUCCUUCUUCUUUCUCUCUUCUCUUUCUUUCUUCGGCUUGCAGGGACUGCUGUAUUACACGCAUCAUACGGCCAACGGAAGUUUCUCAUUCUGCGCGAGGCUGUGCGUGUGAACACAUCGACGCCCAUGACGAGUCGGACGAUAUUACAUUUUCAUGACGUAUAACCGUUAUUGUUUUGUGCCGGGAGUUGUUGUUGUUGUGUGCAGUGUGGUGCUGUUAUGGUGAAGUGCACCCGAUUUACGCUCGCUACUACUACUACUACUCGUGAGCGCUCCGUGCGAUUGUAAUUCCAAACGAGGAGCGAAGAAAAAUAUCCACCAACGACUCGCGUGGCAGGGAAAAGGAGUCGGCGCGGCUUCACCGGUACGCAUCGCGCGACGAGGCGCUUUUUAAGGUCGUCGUACCACAAGUUCAAGACCAAAUCGACGUGGUAGAAAAAAAAAUCCGCGCAACGAAAUCGGCUUAUAUAGUCGAGAGGCAAAUAACUCCGGGCUCUAUUUUCGUCGGCCGAGUCGCAUCUGCUUACGCGUAUCAUCAUGAAUAAAACGAUCAUUAGGCAAUUGAUCUUGGCGCUCGCCUGGAUUCUGUGCGCGUCCGCGCGAAAAUGGGACCUCGGCACCGCUCUGACUUACGACGCCAGCACGACCGUUCUGCUGGGGGACAGCUCGAUAGCGCGAAACGUCAGCAGCGGCGACGUCGGCUUCCAGCUCACGGCCAAGGUGAAAGUCACCACGCCGUGGAAAGAUCGCGCGGACCCCGAAACCAUACUGCUGUCCAUCAAGCCGAUCUCUCUGCAGCUCUGGAUAAAGUCGAGGAAAGCUCCGAAGCCCGAGGGUUUCGUCGAGCACAGCUCUCGGCUGACCGAGGUGCCCAAGACUCCGAUCUUGUUGCUCAUGAAGGGUGGCACGGUCAAGAAGGUGUUCGCCGAAUCCACCGAGACGAUAUCGUCGCUGAAUUUGAAAAAGGGCUUGGCGAGUCUCUUUCAGUAUCACAUGGUCGACGACGAGCUCGAUGAGACAGACGCGAGCGGCGCGUGCCGCACGUCCUAUCGCAUGACGGGCCAAAAGUCCCUGGAGAAAGUGAAGAGGUCCUGCGCGCGAAAUAAAAAUCGCCACUCCGAUCCGAUACUCGACGUGAAGCUCGACACUCGGCACGUGACCAGCUACAAAUUGACGGACGGCCAGCUGCCGAAGGAAGUGAUCGAGACGGAAAAGCACGAGAUGAGCUUGGUGGCCAGACCGGAGGCGCGAAAUCUGAUCAACGUUCAUCGAGUGCUGAGCCUGGUUCCCGGCGCGUCCAAGGAGAAGCCCGUCAUGGGAGCCAACUACGUCGAGGUGAUCAACAAGAUUGGCGCCAACUACGUAGAGGUGCCGUUCGAAGCGCAGCACGAGCUGUACUCCGCGGAAUCGGGUGGCGACUCGUUGGAGACCGUGCUGGAGAACAGCAUGAAAGGUUUGGAAACGCUGGGCACCAUCCGAUCGGCGACGACUUUCUUGAAACUGCUGCCCAUGGUCAGAGACGCGUCGGCCGAGACGCUCGCGAAAAUUCUCAAGAGUCCGCGCUAUCACGGAAUACUGCCCCAGCUGUACGACUUGUACGGCUCCGCGUCGACGCUGGCGUCUCAUCGAGCGGCCAUGAAAGCGCUCUGGCAAGAUAACACCGGCGACGACACCGAGAGAUACCUGUGGGCGCUGGCGACUGCACAGCACCCUCAUGCCGAGGUGAUCAAGGACGUUUUGAAGCGAUCCGAAGAGACGCAUCCGAACGAAAAGGUCUCGGAAACAUUGGCUCUGACGGCCGCGGCCAUGGCGAGGCGACACGGAAACCCGAGCGUGAUCGAAAAAGUAAAGGACAGUUUGGAGCUCGGACUCGACAUUUGCUCGGAAGAGCCGUGCAAAAUUAAAUUCCUUCGGGCUCUGGGCAAUUUGAAAAACAGAGUGGCCGUUCCGAUUCUUCUCAAAAAUGCAAUGAACGGCACGAAAAACUUAGCGAUCGUAGCUUGGAAAGCUCUCGGAACUUUAUCAAGUGACGUUAUAACGCCGGAGAUCAAGAGUAUCGCCAUGAAAACUUUCUUGCAACUCAGAGGACGAAAAGUCGAUAGCAGCGUAAGGACACUGGCGAUAAACGUCGUUCUCAAUAAUAAGCCUACCGUCGAGGACAUCGAACAAUUGCUGAUGUACCUCGUCAAUCAGGAUCCUGUCUUCGAAGUACGUAAAUAUUUGGUGCAAAGAAUCGAGCAAUUGUCCGAAUCGAGUCCUGCAUUCCGCCAAAACUUGCAAUUGGCUAAAGAAAGAAAUUUGGGAAAAUUCGUCAACUACAAUACCUUCGCUCAGCGAGGAUUGAGCACAGCUUUCACCAGGAGCUUUUUGCGCUCGUCCGGUAGCAAUGGUUCGCUCGUGACGAUUCAAGAGAUCAGUUCUGGACUUUUAAAGCGUGGAGUGGUAGAUAUCGUUUUGGAGAAUGAAAAUCACAAAUCGACGUUGUUCUCCCUGGGACUCUACGCAGGUGGACUUGGAAGUUUCGUUUCUUCCAACGAACCGGACAGUGUGGAGGUCGAUGAAAAUGAAUCGGCUACCGCGGGCAUGGAGCUGUCGUUCCAAGGAGUGGACAUUCGACCGUUCGUUUUCUUCUCCGGCCAAGGAGAACUCAUGGGACACGUUUGGUCGGGAACUGCCUCGGAACGAACUUCGGCCUUUCAAACUACCGUCAAUCUACACAAACAUCGCGAAAUAAUUCCACUGACUUGUGGCUUUGUUGCAGAAAUCGAUGUCGAGGGAGCGAUGAGCGUCGAUCUAGCCGGACAGAUUCAACUGAGUCUUUGGUCGAGAAAUGCACACUCCUUGGUCGAAAUGGAGGCCGGUAUAGCGAUCCAAGGAAACUCAAAAAUUACGGCCAAUUUCGUGCAGAGCAGAGCGGAAUUUUCUCUGACUGCGGAGCCCAAGCUCGUGCUAGCGACCGACGUUGAUUUUUCAGGUCCCGUGUCUCUCUGCAUGAGAUUAGUGCAGCCGGAGACUUACAUAAAACAACACAUUUACAAAGUGGAAAGAAUACCUGGCAGCCGUCACAGAUUGAGAAAAACAAGGCGAAUCAGAUUGUUAUCGCCAGCCAAGUCGUAUCUUUUGAACAGAAAAAAUAACGAGAUGUGUUCAAAAGUUUUUGAAGAAUGAAAAAUUGCUAAUUUUAUCUAAUUAAGUGAAUUCAUGACACAUUAAAAUAAUCCUUUUUGAUUAUUUUCAACAAUUAAAUUUUAAUAGACGCGAGCAUAUGAAAGAACUAAUAAGACUGUACACCAUUAUUGUGAUUAUAAAAUGACCAUUACAGAUCUUUAAUUAAUGUACAUAUUUUUAAAUCGAAUUUUUCUACUGUUUAAUUCUAUAAUAUACUUGAAACUAACAUUGAAUAUUUAUAAGCUUAUUGAUAAUUUAAUGAAUAGUGUAAGAUUGGAAAUUUAUAAAACUGAUAAAAGAUGAUUUAUGUUUUAUGAUCGGAAGUUACGCAUGCAUGUAAACAAGUUUAUAUUGUUAAUGUUAAGUGGCUUGUUAUAUGGGUUAUGAACAGAUUUAAAAUUUAUAAAUUUAUCAAAUUAUAAAGUUAACCAACUCGUAUUUUUUCAUAUAUUUAUAUACAUAUGAUGUACGUAAAUUGAUAAAUCAUGCAGAUUUCAAUUUACCUGCAGCAUGUGAAUUUGCAUCACACCUCGAUAUAUUUACAGUGUUAAUUGUUAAACUACUUUUAUACAAUUUAUAAAUGGGAACAAUUAAUCAUGUGAUAUUUCCAGUGAUCCCAAUAAAAUAUAGAUGAUAUGUUAUGCAAUAGAGAUUAUAAUUUAUACCAUAGAGACUAUACUUAUUAGUAAAGUGUCAUAAAAAAUUUCGGCUUAAAUGAUGCGAUAUUAUUUUAUAUGUAUUGUUGAAUCGUUCAAUCUAUGUAAAUCUAAUGCAAUAAAUGCAAUAAAUGUUUGUAACCAAUAA